CACCUUUUUUUUUAUUGCCAUACAUUUUUGAUCUUUCUUCGAAUUCAACAUGUUUGGAGUCAUCAGAGGUUUAUACCGUGGAGCUCGCCGUGAGCAAUUGACUUCAAAAAGAGGACAUAAUUUUUACAAGGGUACCGGAUCAGGAGCGAUGGGUCGCCACACUAAGCGUGGAGGAUACUUGGUCGACUGGAAGAAAGUCAGAACCUACGUUGUGCCUGACAUGACCGAUUUCAACCUCGCACCUUAUGUCUCGAGAAAGACCACGCCUCCACACGGACAAGGCGCAUUUACCGCCAAGAGCUUUUUCAAAUCAAACGAGACCCCAUCUGCUUAAGCUUCGCCCCAAUAUCAUGAGGUUCAACUCAAUUUGUUUUUAUGAUAGUUUCUUUGUUCCACUGAAUCCCCUUGUAAAUAAUAGACCAUCGCCUGAA